CAAGGCCGGGACCGGAGGGGCAGCAGCUGGGCUACUCCUCUCGCCGCCGCCAUGAUCCCCCCCGCGGACUCACUGCUCAAGUAUGACACGCCGGUGUUGGUGAGCCGGAACACGGAGAAACGGAGUCCCAAAGCUCGGCCACUGAAAGUCAGCCCCCAGCAGCCUGGACCCUCAGGUCCAGUCCCACAGCCACCAAAGACCAAGCUCGCAGCUUCCUGUGUCCCGGAUCCUACAAAGCAGGCAGAAGAAAUCUUGAAUGCCAUCCUGCCCCCAAGGGAGUGGGUGGAAGAUACGCAGCUAUGGAUCCAGCAGGUGUCCAGCACCCCCAGCACCCGGAUGGAUGUGGUGCAUCUCCAGGAACAGCUGGACCUGAAGCUGCAGCAGCGGCAGGCCCGGGAGACUGGCAUCUGCCCUGUCCGCCGGGAGCUCUACUCACAGUGUUUCGAUGAGCUGAUCCGGGAGGUCACCAUCAACUGCGCGGAGAGAGGGCUGCUGCUGCUGCGGGUCCGGGACGAGAUCCGCAUGACCAUCGCUGCCUACCAGACCUUGUAUGAGAGCAGCGUGGCGUUUGGCAUGAGGAAGGCGCUGCAGGCCGAACAGGGGAAGUCAGACAUGGAGAGGAAAAUUACAGAAUUGGAAACGGAGAAGAGAGAUUUGGAGAGGCAAGUGAACGAGCAGAAGGCAAAAUGUGAGGCCAUCGAGAAGCGGGAGACUGAGAGGAGGCAGGUGGAGGAGAAGAAGCACAACGAGGAGAUUCAGUUCCUAAAGCGGACGAAUCAGCAGCUAAAGGCCCAACUGGAAGGCAUUAUUGCACCAAAGAAGUGAUAAUUUCCACAUGGGUCUCAGCAAGCACCACCGCCCCAUCAUAAGCCCUCUGUAAUAAAAAGCUAGUUUCCUGAGUGAACAAGCUGCCCCCCUCCCCUGAUCACCACCUACCUGUCUGUCAGAAGUCACGCCAUUGCCCCAGUGCCUUGAAACACCUCAGCUCUGGCUGGCAGGCUCCUCGUUUGGCAGUGGAAGGUGGUGUAGCCCAGGUAGUCUCAGUAUGUGGCUUCCUCGCCCACCCUGGGAUUUGCCAACUCAGAUAGGAAGACUUAGAAUUCACCCCUUUCUGCUUCAUCCCUCAGGUGAAGCAGCUGCUCUCUCAGCAUCACUCCACACCGUCCCUGGUUUCUGGCCAAAUGAAGCUGCUCCUCUCCCCAGCAUUUUUGGUCUACAAUUCAUCUUGCACCUUAACUUGGGCUUCUCAGGCCCGUCUUUCCCUUAUCUGCUGUCUUUUCAUCGCCCCCACUCCAAUGCAGUUCUAGUAACUCAUUUUGGAGCUUUGGUUUUAUACUGUAUCAUCUUGUCCCCACCUGCCAAGUCAACCGGACCCCCUCCUCAGUUUCAGACUGCCUGGGUGAGGAAGCAAUGGCAGAGUCAAACCCGUGGCUUUUGAGAAAGUCAGUGUUUGCUGCAAAGGAGUCCCAGUGUCCAGUGUGAGCUGCCUGCACCUCAGCUCCUCCUCCACCACUCAUGUGGUCGCCUUAUUCUGCAGAAAGUCAAACCCCGACCACUACCCCUCGACUAGCUAUGUUUAAUCAACUGGAGAGGCACCCAAAACUCAAAUGCAGUUCCAAUGGUUGCAGCUGGGCUACGGCCUGUGGACAACUGCACUUUACUGUUCCUCUUAGGUUAGACUCAAAGUGUAGAGGCUCGGGACUCUUCUGGUUUUGUAGACCCAGAAUAUGAAUUAGCAACAUAAACCUUUAAUCCAGGGCAGACCAGGGUGGGCUAGGGCGACAAGCUGGGUGACUUCCAUCAUUCAGCCACAUCUCACAAGAACAUACCUAGGAAGAAGGCUCUAACAGCCCCACCAGGUGGAACGCCUCAAGGGCUCAGUACCCGCAGGAGGCACGAAGAAGGACUCCGUUCCCCUCUGAGGGGACCUUACCUGACAUCUGCCCUGUUAGGGCUUUGAGGCUCCCUGAAGAACUGCAGUCUGACGAGAGCUGUGCUCCACCAAGUCAGACAUGCCCCAGACACUCAAACCUCAGCUUGAAGUCAGCGCUUUCACCCCCACCCAGGUGUCCUGAGAAAUUCUGAGACUCCACUAACAUGACCUGUCUGUGCUGUCAUUUCACGGAGAAGAACUCUGUUCCCUGAGAUGCGCUCGUUCCACGACUCCUUGACAGUAAAGCACUUACAUCCUAAAUGGUUCCACUUAACAGACUCAAGGGAGGAUAGCAGAAGCUGCUGGAGCUGCUUCUUAUUUUAAAGCCCAGGCCACGUACACUACAUCCUUGAAGUUUUCUUUUUACAGUUCUGUUCCCAAUGGCUUCUGUUCCAAAUUGCUAACUACAAGUACAAAAGAAAUACCAGAUUUCCCCUUUUAUAGACCUCAUCCCUGUUUCUGUCAGACAUUUACAGGACAGUAACACUGGAACUAAGAGCUAAUUUAAGUGUUGGACGUGCCAACGGACUCCAUCACUGAACUCCUUGGGGGUGAGCGGGCUUUAUCUUUAUUUUCGCUAGCACAGGGGAAGAGUUUUGACUGUCAAACCUCAGAACAAAUGCAUUAUGGCCUUAGAAAUGCCAACUGGGCAUGAA